CGUCGUAAUUUACCAGUUGAAAUCUUACGAUUUUGGGUUGAAAUCGGAACGUUAUUAUGUUAAAUUUCAAAUACGUGUAAUUUUCGAUUGAUUAUCAUCAAACUGUUCUAAAGCAGUGAAAUCACUCACAAUGGCUGCUGAACUGAACUCCGAAUUUGAUACAGUACAUUCGGGAGCCUCCGACACCUUUCCAGCUCAGUGUUCUAGUCUCCGCAAAAGUGGCCAUGUGAUGAUCAAAGGCCAUCCCUGUAAAAUUAUGGAGAUGACCACAUCUAAAACUGGGAAGCAUGGGCAUGCUAAGGUUCAUCUUGUUGGCAUCGAUAUUUUUACUGGGAAAAAGUAUGAAGAUAUCUGCCCCUCCACACACAAUAUGAAUGUUCCAAAUGUGAAACGUACCGACUAUCAGAUUGUCGACAUUGAGGAGGGUUUUCUGUCCCUUAUGGACGAUGGUGGGGAGAUUCGCGCUGAUAUCAAGGUACCUGACAAUGAGAUUGGUAAAGAAAUUCAAACCAGAUUUGAUAAUAGCGAGCAAUUCAUGGUCACUGUGCUAAAAGCAUGUGCACAUGAACUUGCUGUUGCAACCAAGAAUCUGACAAUUAAGUAGAGAUGUGCACCCCCCGUUAACCUGUUGGCACCUGCUGGCCAUAAUGGAUUGGUUUUGGGCAGAACAUUUAGUCUGCAAUUCUUCCACCAUACAGGCCUGUUGGACUUCUUCAUAAUCACACCUUUAAUUUAUGCAUGAAAGGGGAUAAAGAACUGUUCUGGAUUGGCCAAAUAUAUGUAUGCCCAUACAUAUUUGGCCAAGUAAAUGCACAAUCCGUGAGUUAUGUGUCUCACAAAGUCUUGGAUAUUUUAAGUUAUAUAUAAGCCAGUGAUUGCACUGGCUACGUUAUUGACCAAAUUUUCAAACUUCUGGGAAGCCGUGCCCACGGAAGAUGCCAUAAAGAUCUUACAACUAAGUUAAUUGUUGGUUGUUUUGGGGGGAAAGAUCUUCAAUCCAGGUAUUAAGUGUCAGUAUCGAUUGUGCAUUUGGCUCUAACAGACUUACAUAGCCUCUGAUGGCAAACAGUGCCUACAUGAUGCACCUUCAAGUAUUUUUUAUUAUUAUUAUUAUUUUGGUUUUUUUUUUAGGGGGGGGGGUUCAUGAGCAGGCUUUUCACUGGGGCGGAUGAGCUCAGUGUUUUAUUUAAUCACUUUUGAACUGUUUUCUUGUCCAUUUCACCUGAGGGCUUACAUGAAAGGCAGAAAUUUUGAGAUGUUUUUUUUUUCUGCUACCCAUGUUUUAAGUUUUUGGUCCGUGAUAACAUUCAGUUCAAUUUACUUGCAUGUCAGUGGUGAAAUGUCGGGAAAAGUCCAACAUUUUCUGUUGGCUUGUCUGAAGCAUUUUGGCAUUGAAAGUGGGAGGAUAAGAUCAAAACAUCUCUAAAUUGAUUUUUUUUUGGAAAGGGGGGGGGGGGUUUGUAAUUGGGGCUGGGAAAUUACAUAUUAUUUUUUGAGUGUGAAUAACUUGAUAGCUUUUCAUACAAGAUAUACAAUAGGUUUUCCCAAGAAACUCAUAGGCGUUGAUUAAAGAAAGAUCUAUUUUAAAAAAAAACUCCUUCAGAAGGUAGAAAAUCUAAAAGUAGAGAAGCUAUCUAGUUGUAAGAAUUUCAACCAGCAGAGACUCCCCAGGAAUUGUUGGUUGCUGAUGCUAUAUGAUAAAAAAUAGAGUUGAAUUUAUGUACCAAAAACCCAUGUGUAGAUUGUUUAAAGUUUGUAUUGAGGGGCAAGCUGGAGGUGCUUUUUUGUGUAUUUUGCCGUGGACUUGGUUGCCAUGGUGACAAGUCACAGAUGCACAGCCAGACGCCGAAGGAUGUCUCUGUGUAGAAUUCAACGCUUCACUGAUCUACAUGUAUAUGUAUCCUAUACCCAUAGAAUGCUGUUUCCGUUAUACAAACAUCUGACAAUAGAGGGCGCCUUUUCUUAUAUUUCCAACCAUAGAGGGCAUUGCUUCUAAUUCAUUCCACCCAGACAGCGCCAUUUUAUAACCAUGGAAUUUUCUUGGUUAUUUAAUGUGAGAAAAUGAUAUACAUGUAUAAAUGUGCAUGAGUGUUGCCUGAUCCUUCUAAAUAACCAAGUGAACUGUUUAUGGCUUGUCUAGCGAGUCUUCAAUGUAAACGGGAAACAGCGCCCUCUUGGUGUUGUGACGAAAUCACGAACCAAGACGUGACAUUUUCAUGAUACACUUACAUGUGUGUUCUUCUAACAUGUUGAUAUAGAGGAAGGAGAUUGUUUUCAGCAGUUUUUUUGCUUUAACAAGCGAAGGAAGUUUUAAUGUGUGAUGUCAAAUCUCGGAAUCACAUUCUUUGUUGGGGAUUUGUCAGCAAUCGUUGGCACUGAUAUGCUCCCUGUGAGAUCCAGCGUAAACACCUUGCACUGUUGCAUGAAGAUACUCUGUGAUGACAAUUCUCAGCUCUUAUCGUUUGCUGUUGCAUGUUCCCUCAAUAAAUCUAAACAUGUAUGAUACACGAUA